AAAAAAUAACCUAAAAGGCGAAUAACACCAAGCAAGAAACCCAGAUCAACAGCAAGAUCAGAUCAGAUCGGAUCAGCACUGCAACCCGGCCAAAGAACUUUUUUCCCCACCAAAAUCAAACCACCACUAUGCCCAUCGCCAAAGGAUUCAAGCUACCGGGAACAGCCGGCCAGCUCACCAUCCCCGACAGCGGCAAGCUCUUUGUCGUCUUUGUCGCCUCCACCCUUCCCGAGACCGGCCAGUCGUGGUGCCCCGAUGUGCGAGCCGCAAUGCCGGUCCUCGAGGCGGAGUUUGCAGGAGACGACAAGCCUGAAUUGAAGCUUGUAGAGGUUGGACAGGUGCCAGAAUGGAAGAAGCCCGACAACGUCUACAGGACCAAGUGGAGCGUUAACAGCGUUCCCACGCUCGUUCGCUUUGAGCAGGUGGACGGUGACAUCAAGGAGACUGGAAGACUGGUCGAGGGGGAGUUGCUGGACAGCAAGGCUUUUCAGAAGCUUGUGUCUUAGACUGGAGUUUGUCGUGUGAUUUCCCAGCUUGUGUGGGCCAUUGGAAAUUCAAUUUAUAAAGACAUUCGCACAAAAAGAUGGUAGCUAUGAACUCACACCGUAGGACGAUUCCACCAAAACCCCCCACAUUCUUCCAUGCUUUCCACUUAAGCAUCCUUAUAUUUUCUGCAAAGCCUGACAGGUUGGCCAAAAGUAUGAAAUUUUCUAACUGAAAUUCAGACUUUUCCUUGGAGCUUCAAUAUCUGGGCAGGUCAGUCAACGAUUACAGUGAAAUUAUGGAGCAGCUGAAAGUCUAUUCCAACUGUGC